AUGCCCCGCUCACGGCAACCCGCUCGGUUCUCGAGCGAAGCUCCCUCCGAGUCUUCAUCCUCCUCAUCCCCAGACCGGAACGCCGAUGACGAUACCGAUUUCUUCACAGCCCAGGCGAAUGAUUCGCAAUCGUCUGUUGGUGGUGUCGCAACCUCCCGUGAAGUACGUGGCCAAGAUGAUCAUUAUACGCUUCCGCCGAUCGGACGCCUUCCGCCGGAAAUCCUGAUCGCCAUAUUCGCCAAGCUGAGCUCGCCCGCAGAUAUGCUAAGCUGCAUGUUAGUGUGUCGAGGAUGGGCUGCAAACUGUGUUGGGAUACUGUGGCACCGGCCGUCUUGCAGCAACUGGACCAACAUGAAGAGCAUUACAGCAACAGUGGGGACUGAAGAUAGUUUCUUCUCAUACUCCGAUCUCAUUAAGAGACUGAAUCUCUCCGCUUUGAUGGAAGAGGUCAGCGACGGAACUGUUGUCCCGUUUGCACAAUGUAACCGAAUCGAGCGUUUGACGCUGACAAACUGUUCUAAACUUACGGAUAAGGGGGUCUCAGAUCUAGUGGAAGGCAACCGGCAUCUACAAGCCCUAGAUGUUUCUGAUUUGCGUUCACUUACCGAUCACACUUUAUACACGGUGGCCAGGAACUGUCCUCGGCUCCAGGGGCUCAACAUCACCAACUGCAUUAAAGUGACAGAUGACUCGUUAAUAGUCAUAUCAGAGAAUAGCCGACACAUUAAAAGGUUAAAACUGAAUGGCGUCGUACAGGUGACGGAUAGAGCUAUCAUCUCGUUCGCUCGUAACUGCCCGGCUAUCCUUGAGAUCGACCUGCACGACUGCAAAUCUGUCACCAAUCGUUCAGUAACUUCCCUUAUGGCUACCCUUCCGAAUCUUCGCGAACUGCGACUCGCACAUUGCACAGAAAUAGACGAUUUAGCAUUCUUGGAACUCCCAAAGCAACUUUCUAUGGACAGUCUCCGUAUACUUGAUUUGACGGCCUGUGAGCAUGUCAGAGAUGAUGCUGUAGAACGCAUAGUUAGCUCUGCCCCUCGCCUACGAAAUCUGGUGCUCGCCAAAUGUAGGUUCAUUACCGACCGUGCGGUAUGGGCUAUAUGCAAACUGGGGAAGAACCUGCACUACGUCCACCUGGGCCACUGCUCAAACAUCACAGAUACUGCCGUGAUCCAGCUCGUCAAGUCCUGCAACCGGAUCAGAUACAUCGAUCUAGCUUGCUGCAACCGUCUGACAGACCAGAGCGUGCAGCAGCUAGCAACGUUACCGAAACUGAGACGGAUCGGGUUGGUCAAGUGCACAUUGAUCACCAACCGCAGUAUACUAGCACUAGCACGUCCGAAGGUCUCCCCACAUCCCUCAAUUAGUAGCCUGGAAAGAGUCCAUCUAAGUUACUGUGUUAAUUUGACCAUGCCGGGAAUUCACGCUCUACUCAACAAUUGUCCUCGACUCACCCAUCUCAGCCUUACCGGAGUGCAAGAAUUUCUACGGGACGAGCUCACCAAAUUUUGUCGCGAGGCGCCCGCGGAAUUUACACAUCAACAACGGGAAGUGUUUUGCGUGUUCAGUGGUGACGGCGUUAAGCAACUUCGCGACCACCUGAACCGAACGAUCCCUCCAGCCCGGGAGAUGAAUGAGGCUACCAUGUAUGAGGACGACGAAGAAUUAGAUGAGGAAGAGGGUCAAGUGACGGGCCUGAUGCAUGCGACAGCAAUUAACGACGACGAUUAUAUUGACAUUGGACAUCCUCAAGUGUUGGAGGGCCAAUAUAUAAUGGCUUCUUUCCGAUUGCCUCGGGCCAACCCGCUGGCAUUCACCCGCUGGCCUGUUACCCUUAUCACCGCGAUCGUUUACCUUGCCCUGGUGAUUCCGUUGCUGGUCGUGCACCAUGUAGUACCUUCCGCUCCUAGCUCCGCGCCCAAGGGCUUGAACAUUUCGGAGGCUUGGGCUGAUCUCCAAGUUCUGACGAAUGGAUUCCAUCCAUACAACUCCCACCGAAAUGAUGUCAUUCACUCUUGGCUACUGAGGCGGAUCAACGAGAUCCUAGAUGCUGCCCCUUCGGAGCAGGAGUACCGAGGUGUUGACGAGGAAAAACCGGAUGUGUUUGUCUUCGAUGACGUGAAUUCGAAUCUGACGACUUGCCAUGCGGGUCUCGGCGUCUAUUUCGAAGGGACUAAUAUCAUCGUUUACAUCCGUGGGUCGGAAGACGACACGGAAAAGUGGUGGGAAGCACCCAGUGGUGUACCCACGAGUAAGGGAGGCGUGCUUGUGAAUUCACACUAUGAUAGUGUUUCGACUGGUUUCGGGGCCACCGAUGACGGGUAUUUCACUACGCCGGGACAUGCUCCGCGGCGCGGCCUAGUGGUGCUGUUUAACAAUGGUGAAGAGGAUUACUUGAAUGGCGCGCGUGUUUAUAGUCAGCAUCCAAUUUCGAGGCUUCCUCAUACGUUCCUCAAUUUGGAGGGUGCGGGAGCUGGUGGAAGGGCAACUUUGUUCCGGAGCUCCGAUUUCGAGGUCACCGGUCCGUAUAUGCGGUCGCAGCAUCCUUUCGGAUCGGUGCUUAGUGCCAAUGGGUUCGAAUCGGGCUUGAUUUCUAGUCAAACGGAUUACGUGGUCUUUGAAGGGGAUUUAGGACUACGUGGGCUUGAUGUUGCGUUCAUAGAGCCUAGAGCGAGAUAUCAUACAAAUCAGGAUGAUACUCGGCAUACGAGCAAGGACUCUGUCUGGCAUAUGCUGUCGGCGGCUGUUGCAACGACUGAGGGACUCGUCUCCGACUCGAGCAAUCGUUUCGAUGGCGCGCCGAAUAUUGAUGGCGGAGUCCCCAGCGGAUCUGGUUCCAAGGCAGUCUGGUUCGAUCUAUUUGGAAGCACAUUUGUGCUCUUCCAACUCCACACGCUGUUCGCGCUGCUGGUGACGUUGUUGAUUGUUGGGCCCCUUACCUUGCUCAUUACGAGCAUCUUCCUUACGAAGGCGGACAAGAUGUAUCUGUUCAGGUCAUCAGCGAAGUCUGAGGAUGGUAUCGACGUCGUCCCACUGCAGGGGCUUCGGGGCUUCUUCCGCUUUCCAUUUCUCUUCGGAAUCCCGACCGUCGUUGUGGUUGUGUUGGCGUAUCUGAUUACCAAGGUCAAUCCCUACAUCAUUCAUAACAGUGCAUAUGCAGUCUGGAGUAUGAUGAUUGCCGCAUGGGUCUUCCUGGCUUGGUUUGUCUCGCGUGUAGCCGACUUUGCUCGUCCAUCGGCCUUCCAUCGAAUCUAUACCCUCACGUGGAUGUACCUUUUCUCCUGGGUCCUCGCGGCGAUCGCUACCGUAUACGCAAACCAAAAGGGUCUCGCCGGCGGGUAUUUUGUUUUCUUUUUCCAUACUGGUAUCUUUUUAGCAACAUGGAUCUCGUACCUGGAGCUCUUCUUCCUGCCACCAAAGUGCGAGUAUGCGAGUCAAUUCAGACCAACAUCGAGGCGGAUCAGUACACCCGGUAGCCGACUGGGCACGGCUUCUGGCGAGGAGGACGAUGGAGAGGAUGCCGAAGAAGAGCCGACAGAGUCAACGUCCCUGCUGGGCAGUGGGCAACGAACGACUUUUGCGAAUUAUGUGCGAGUUACCGGGGAUAGCCAUAACGAUGCAGAAGAUGAGGUCAACGACCCUCACAUCUAUGGCCGGGAACAAUCGUGGAGCUCUGCAUUGCCCAAAUGGACGUGGGUCUUGCAACUUCUUCUCACUGCCCCGAUUACUCUCAUCAUGGUCGGACCUCUUGGGUUACUGAUCACAAGCGCCAUCAAUCAGACCGGAGAGGAUGGAGGAUCUCCGCUGUUUAUCUACGUCGCUAUCGCCAUCUUCACGACUAUCCUGUUUACGCCUCUUCUACCUUUUAUCCAUCGGUAUACCUACCACAUUCCUCUGUUUUUGCUGGCAGUCUUCCUUGGUACUUUGAUCUAUAACCUCGUGGCCUUCCCGUUUUCCGCUUCCAACAGGUUGAAGCUCUACUACGUACAAGAGCUGGACCUCGUUACCGGCGUCAACCGUGCCACCUUCGCGGGAGUUUCUCCAUUCGUGGAGGAUGCCACCCUGAGCCUGCCCAGUGCUGCCGGCCAAAACAUCGCUUGCGCCUGGAACACAAGGAGGAAGAACCUACUGUCAUGCUCUUGGGAAGGACUUCCCCCGCAGCUCGUAGAGGGCGAUCACCCGAUGAAAGACUGGGUGUCUUUCAACAUCUCCAAGUCCACCGAUAAAUCGCAAGCUCGGCUCGAGGUGUCUGGACUGAACACGCGUGCAUGCAGGAUCGUCUUCGACACACCAGUCAAGGACUUCCACGUUGCUGGAUCUGCAUAUGACCCGCGCUUCCCCAAUGACGCGGCCGGUAUUGAAGAGAUUCGACUCUGGAGUCGCGAAUGGGAGCACCAAUGGAUUGUCGACGUGCAAUGGGACGAGGGAGAUCUGACAGGCAACGUCGUCUGUCUUUGGAGCGAUCACAAUCGACCAGGGGUCAUCCCGGCGUUGGACGAGGCGGUCCAGUUCGCGCCGGACUGGGUGGCUGUCACUAAAGUAAGUGAUGGGCUUGUGGAGGGUCGUCGUGCAUUUGAGAUCCGCAAUGUUGAUUAA